CUACGUAGACUACACCACUGCUCCAGACCCAUAGAGCCAUGGCAGACGUGCAGGACAGCAGCGGCGGCGGCGGCGGUUUCACCAGGAGUGGUGGCAGCAGUCAGGCCACAGACAGGAUCCUUCCAGAAGAUGAGGACAGCAACCCCCACAGCAGGGAGAUCGAUCUGGAGGACAGGGAUCCCAGGAGUCUGAACGGAGACGCCAUCAGGGUGGACUUUGAGGACGUCAUCGCGGAGCCGGACGGCACCCACAGCCUGGAUGGCGUGUGGCGCGCCAGCUACGCGGCCUUCACCGUCUCCAAGUACUGGUGCUACCGGCUCCUGUCGGCCAUCUUGGGAGUCCCCCUGGCCCUGCUGUGGGGGCUGCUGUUCGCCGCCCUCUCCUUCUGCCAGGUGUGGCUGGUGGGGCCCUGCUCCCACAGCUGCCUCCUGCAGUGCCAGUGCCUGGGCACGGUGUACGGGCACGGGGUGCGCACCCUCUGCGACCCCCUGUGCGCCUCCGUGGGACAGGUGUUCCAGAGCGUGAGGGUGGUGGUGCAGAAGGAGAGAUGAUAUGACGCUGUGUGUGUGUUAGCGUGUGUGUGGUGGUGUGCGACCAACAGAGGGAAUCUGAGUGAUUGGUCGAGGAGCUGGAUUGUUCAGGAAGCAUCAUGAGGUUUUCUUAAAUAGAGAAUGGUACUGUCACUGUUCCUUUCAAAGAAUUUUGUAUUUGUGCACCUGAAUUUGAUUCCCACUGACAGGAUUCCACCCAGACCUUUUCAAGUUAUAGCCUGCUAUCCAUAGAUGUUUGUAACAAAUGUACAAUUCAUACAAAAUAUACAGUAAAAUACCCCCAUGAUGAACAUGUGCUGAAUCUGCACAAUGAAAUGGUGUGAUGGCAUUGGCAAGGUUGCCAGGAUGGAAAUAUGUUACUGGUCUGCUGAACUCUUACCAUCUUGGAUUACUGAAGGACACAGGCAGGCUACACACAGGCAGAAAGUUCUUUUCCAGAUUUUUUUCCAGUAGACUUUUAAUUGUCUGCCUCAGUUAU